CUUCGUGUGGUUUUUGUUUUUAAAUAAACUUUGUGGCAAUAUUGUGCUAUUGCAAUUGUAUCCUUAAUUGUGUGAUAUUUGAAAUGCAAUAUAAAAUGUUGGGCUUAUGAUAUAAAGGUAAAAAAAUCAUCAACACUGCCAAUGGAAGCAAAACAAAUCCAGGGACCUUCAAUUAAUUUUUAAAUUUACCCAUAAUAUUUUCAAGAAGAUGGACCAAAACGAGCAGGAUAAGUGGGAGGCACUUGCCACUGUGAAAACUUUUGACUUAGGCAUUGCUCGAAGACAAGAAUCUGCGGUGCAACACAGCAUUAGAGACAUUGACAUUGUUAAUUCUAAUGCUACAACUCCUAUCAGUCUACUGGUCCAGUCCCUCGUCAAACAACUGUGUUCCCUGCUGGAGAAAGACAAUGGAAGAGCAAAUCAGCUGUACAAUACCAUUUGUGAGAAACUGCACAGCAUGAACCUCAUAGACGACUCGUACUCCAUGGGAGAGUUUGAGGUCAUGAGAAGUCAGUACCAGAGAGCUCUCUACCAGCUGGUGACUGUUGCCAAUGGCUCCGAAAUACCUAUAAACCUCCCAGCAACGUGGCCCAUCACCAGGUCCGGCUUGGAGUGGUCACGCUACCACAAAGAGUUUGAGGAACUCUACUUUAUUGCCAAUGGUGGGUUCGGUUCAGUGUUUAAAGCUAGACACAGGUUGGACGGGGUGGAGUAUGCUGUCAAAAAGGUUUACAUUAAAUCUUCUGAUGUCAACUCCUUCAUGACCCAUCUGGCUGAAGUCAAAACUAUAGCUAGUCUCAAUCACCAGAAUAUAGUAAAUUACAAGGCCGCCUGGCUCGAACCCAUGGUAGAGUCCAAGGUGAAAAUGAAAAGAAAAUAUCAAAUGGACAGUGACAGCGAGGAGUUUUCUAUGGAAUCCGAUAAAAUCUCUUCUGUUUAUCCCAACAUAAUGAAGUCAUUCAAAACUUACAAUUCUAAAGAAUUAUCUAAAAAGCAUAGUCACUCGGAUUUCGUAAUAUCAUUUAAAGAUUCCGAUAGUUUCGAGAUUGCCGCCAGCUCAGAGGACAAGAUAUCUGACGAGGAAUCUUCCCAGGAGAAUGCCCUGUGCAAUCUUUUUUCCGAAACCGAUUACGAAAACUGCUCCCGGGUGAACUUGAAAUGGGCGACGCUGUACAUACAGAUGGCAUUCUGCCAGCAGACCUUGAAACAGUGGUUGGACGAAAGGAAUAUGCAUAUAGCCUUAAACAGAAAGAACUCCGACGAUCUGACUCUUCACCACAGCGACUCUACUGACUCGGCGCCAGAAUCUCCUGUAGACAUAAAUUACCCAGUAUCGGGAACGCGCAUCGAGGUCCUAGUUGACAUGUUCACUCAGCUUGUACAUGGAUUACAUUAUAUACACUCAAGGGGAGUUAUUCACCAUGACGUGAAACCGAGUAAUAUUUUCGUAGCUAAGGAGGACAAUCGUCUAGUGGUGCAGCUAGGAGACUUCGGCCUGGCCUGUCCCCUGCAGCAGUCCCACAGCGGCCUGGCACUCGGCACUCAUUUGUAUGCCGCACCCGAGCAACAGGAGGGACACUGCAAUCCCAAGAGUGACAUGUAUUCCCUUGGCAUAAUAUUACUGGAGCUGGUUGAACCUUUCGGCACUGACAUGGAGCGCGUGAAAACUAUAACUGACUUGAGAAAAGGCCAGAUACCAGCACAUCUGACUGCAAACUAUCCAAAAAUUGCACACAUCAUUGGAAAAUUAGUGCAGCGUAGACCCAGCAAGCGCUUAGACACUGCUCAGCUUUUAGAAGAAUUGAAACAACUAGCAGAAAACAAGGACGACACAAUUCGGUCCUUGAGAGAAGAGUUAGCUGCUAAAGAAGAUGAGAUAACCAAACUUAAAAUGUUGCUAGCAAAAUUGAGUCACAAGUCAUAGUACAAACUCUAGUGCCCAAGUACUUAAUAUCGAGUAGUUCCUUGGUUGUGCUUAACUUAAUAAAGACUGUGGGUAUGGAAAGUCUGAAAAAAAAAUAUGGGUCAUUUUAAGUGUAUCAUGUCAAAACGAGGUGAGGAUUUUAGCUACCUAAAUACUUCUUUUUAGUAAUUGAUCCAAAUUAUUUAGACCAAUAUUGUAAGGCCCUUUACACACGACGCCGCAACGGCAGUGGCACCGCCACCGCGGCGGUGCCGCUGCAUUACUCAUCCUUGUAUUUCUAUGGGCCCUUUCACACGCCGCCGCCGCGGCGCGGGCGAUGUCGGGGUGGCGGCGUGUGUAAGGAGCCUAACUGUUCUUCUCUGCUUCUCAGACUCACAAAUAAUUACGUCACAUAUUCUUAUUUAUUUUUAGGUUUUAAAUUGUGAAUGAUUAAUAUUUUUAGCUGUGUAGUUCUUUUUGUUUUCUAAACUAGGACUCUAGUGUUCGCUUAUUUAAAUGUGUGAUUGGAUCAUUUUAUUCUGAGUGUUUAAAUUGUAAUGUAAUGUAUUGGUAUUUUGCAGCAUAAUGCUUAGGUUUUUGAUUUAAUAUUUUUCUUGUUAGUUAUUCUUUGUGCAAAUUGUAUCGUAAUUUAUUUUUAUUGUAUCAACGACUUCUUAUUUUCAACAUUAAGCCAAAUUCUGUGUCUCCUACAUAAAAUAAUGUCUGCAGUAACAGCUGUAACUAAUAA